AUGGCGUUGCCAGAUAGAAACAAAAGUGGAAUCACAUUCAUCGUCUUGGGGUUCUCAGGUGUUCCGGAAAUGCAAGCUCUGCUCUUUGUGCUUUUUCUGAGUGUGUACACCGUGACUGUGGUAGGGAAUAUUGGGAUGAUUGCAGUCAUCAAAGUUAAACCCAGGCUGCACACCCCCAUGUAUUUUUUCCUCGGCCACCUCUCCUUCGUGGAUUUCUGCUACUCCUCCACGAUUGCUCCCAAGAUGCUGGCGAACCUAGUCUUAAAAGACAAACCAAUUUCCUUUACAGAGUGCAUAAUGCAAUUGAUUUUCUUUGGCAUUUUUGUGAUAACAGAAGCCUUUUUAUUAGCAUCCAUGGCCUAUGACCACUUUGUGGCCAUCUGUGACCCCCUUCACUACACGGCUACCAUGUCACUAAAACUCUGCCUCACGCUGGUACUGGGCUCCUAUUCCUGGGGAGUGGCUUGCUCCCUGAUAUUGACCUGCUCCACCUUGCAGUUAUCUUUUCCGGGUUCCAACAAAAUCGAUCACAUUUUCUGUGACAUCUCCUCCCUACUCUCCCUGUCCAGCUCAGAUACUCAUAUAAACCAGUUACUUCUGUUCAUUAUUUCCACAUUCAAUGCAAUCAGCACACUCCUUGUUAUUCUCCCGUCUUAUGCGUUCAUCCUGGUUACCAUUCUCAAGAUGCGCUCAGCCAGCGGGCGCAGAAAGGCUUUCUCCACCUGCGUCUCCCACCUGAUGGCCAUCGCCGUCUUCUAUGGCACCAUUUUUUUCCUCUACUGCGUGCCCAACUCCGAGAGCUCCAGGCACACAUUCAAAGUGGCCUCUGUGUUUUACUCGGUGGUGAUCCCCAUGCUGAACCCCCUGAUCUACAGCCUCAGAAAUAAGGAUGUGAAAAACACGGUCCACAACAUAAUGACGUGUAAAAUGUUUUCUUAUUGA